ACGUCUCCUCUUCCUACCCUUCCCGCCUCCACCCAGGGUUCGCUCUCGAUUUGGACCUUCUUCCCAGGGUCCCCUUGCGCUUCCUUCCCAGUCGCCUCUGCGCGGCUCUAUCUGAAGUCCCCUUCCGCGUGUAUUUAUCCUAGACGGAGCUCCCUGCGUGCACCGCGCGCUGUCGGAGGCGCUAGGUCCGCGAUGGCACCCAGAAUUUGCAUUUCUAACAAGUUCCCGGUGAUGCUGAUGGUACAAGGGACCAAACUGGGCUAAUGCUCUAUUAUUCCUGCAUGUUAGAGGUCAACCAGAAUCAACAUGUCUGGGACUGAGGAAGCAUUUUUUGGAGGCCGUGACAGCCAUCCUCCUUCUGCUGGUGGCAACUCUGUAUUAUGCUUUGGACAGUACCAAUACGCUGCAGAAGAGUACCAGGCCAUCCAGAAUGCUUUGAGGCAGAGGCUGGGUCCUGAAUACAUAAGUAGUCGCAUGGCUGGAGGAGGCCAGAAGGUGUGUUACAUUGAGGGUCACAGGGUAAUUAAUCUGGCCAAUGAGAUGUUUGGUUACAAUGGCUGGGCACACUCUAUCACACAGCAGAAUGUGGAUUUUGUUGACCUUAACAACGGCAAGUUCUACGUGGGAGUCUGUGCAUUUGUGAGAGUCCAAUUGAAGGAUGGUUCAUAUCAUGAAGAUGUGGGCUAUGGUGUUAGUGAGGGUCUCAAGUCAAAAGCCUUGUCUUUGGAGAAGGCAAGGAAGGAGGCAGUGACAGAUGGACUGAAGCGAGCACUGAGAAGUUUUGGGAAUGCGCUUGGAAAUUGUAUUCUGGACAAAGACUACCUGAGGUCACUAAGUAAGCUUCCACGACAGUUGCCUCUUGAAGUGGAUUUAACUAAAGCAAAGAGACAAGAUUUUGAACCAUCUGUGGAACAAGCGAGAUACAGCAGCUACCGACACAGCAUGGCUCCGGGACCCCCCAAACCACAGGAGGUGACCUCCCCUUGCAGACCGAGCCACUCGGAUGAUCCCCACAUUGUGAUACAGGGGGAUAAGGACAGCAGCUCCCGAAGCCUGACCUCUGCUGCAGAGAGUGACGCCACGUAUCAGCGGAAGCUCCGGCAAAAACAGUUGCAGCAGCAGUUCCGGGAGCAAAUGGAGAAACAGCAGCAAGUUCAACUAUCUGCUCCAUCAGUUGAAAAGAAAAAUCUGGCGGCGCUGCCAGUACCUCCUCUGAAGCACAGCACUCCCAUAAAUGGCUCAGACCCACUCACUGAGAAAGACUCCCUUGCAGACAAUCUUGAAAUGUGGGAUAUGGCUCCAGAUGCAGGGGACAGCGUUGUCAAGCCCUUGUCUAGACCAGAACCACACCAGACCGCUGCCAUACCAGUUCUGAAGAAUCAAAUGGUGACCCAGAACAGGGCCCUACAAAGCCUUUGCCACCAGAAUCCACAAGCAAAAUCUGGACCUUGGCACCCCCAAACUUCCAACAUCGACCAACACAUAACAGGAAACUGUGAUUCCUAUAGGAAGAACCAGGACACGAAGAAAAGGAAAUUGGAUCCAUCUUAACAGAGGCUCAGGUCACAUCAUUGGAUUCAGUCACAGAGGGACUUUAGAAAACAUUUGGUCAUGAAAUUGUUCAUCAUUCCUAGGGAAUGAGCUUGAUUUCCAAGGAUUUACCUUGCUUCAUUCUGAACUUUUCUAGAUUUGACUACUGGAACCUACUACAGAUAAAGCUAAAUAGUUGGAAAACAAGCAUUUAAAAAAUAUUGUCACAUACUGCAUCAGGAGGCUUUGGGGAGAUUAAAUACCUUUUUUUUGGGCUCUUGAGGCUCUUUAUUAUUUAUUCUUAAGCUAUUAUGUUAAUAAAUAUAGAACUCUUAGGAAUCACCAGUGGCUACCUGCCCUCAAGCAAUAAGCCAUUAUUACCAAGUACUGAUUUUUAACAACUAUCUAUCUACAUUAAAUUAUUGUAAUCUGCCUUCUUUUGCUUUAGGACACCAUGUUUUAAUGCUGCCCAUGAGUACUGUGCAUCAUGCUAAGAACAAAACCUACAGUGCUGUUUUAUUACUGCAUCAAUCCAGGCUGUAAUCUUCAUUUAUGACAAUCUCUCGUUUAUAGGUUUAUAAUGUCAGUAUCCUGCAUUUUUUUUAAUCAAGGAAGCAAUGAUCUCAGGCCAAAGAAAAGGCAUUUCAAGAGCGCAAAAAUAAAUCCUUUAUAACACAAUAGAAGAUAUAAGCUGUAUUUUCUGUUUCCCCAUUUCACAUGUGAGACAGGCUACCUUAACAUAAAAUGUUUUUUCAUCA